GCUCACUUCAACUUAGAGCGCUUUCACCCUGGAAGGCAGUACACCCAUGGGAAGUCUCGAUUUGGAUAGACUCACGGCUUCUCGCACGUCGACAAUUGAACAUUAGAACUGUGCAACUAUUACAGGCCGUAGAGUGCACCAGCUGUAGUGAAGACAACAGCCCUCGGAAGUUUGGUACUCAUGGCUCCACGCCGAAGAGCGAACCGAAGAGCCAAUUCGCCUAAGAGAUCCAGAGGAGAAGCUACGCAGAAUCUUGGUGAACUUUCACCAGAUGAGAAAGACCGCCCUUCGAUCAUAAAGAACUUACCGAACGAACUCAUCCAUCACAUCACAGGCUACUUGUGGAACGACCGCUACAGCCUUCUCGAUUGUAUCACCGUUUGUCGAUCAUGGCACACUGCUGCUCUGCCGCAUUUGUACCACACUUAUGAUCUGGCCAAGAUGGACGAUUUAGCUCAACUUGAAGGCCAGAUCAAAAAUGACCGGAGAGUCGGAUACUGGAUAAAAGAGCUACGCAUCCACAGGGUAUCGGCACUUGAGCCGACCGUAUCCCAAAGCCAAGGGAUUCUCCCUCUCCAGCUCUUUUUAGAGAGGUUUCCCGUGCAUCUGCCGGAGGCUUUGAAGAGCUUACGUGGAAUUGAGUUUCACGGAUUCUAUGCAUAUCCAGACACUGCGUGGGCAAACGUUCCCUUGACAUCGUUUCUCGAGGCCUUAGGGAGCUUUGCAUCAGUCACGACUAUUACAUUUGUCGGUUGCUCGCUACCUCUCUACGUUACACUAGCAUUUGUUCAUGCCUUACCCAACGUCGUUGACCUUCACUGUCAUGGGAAUUAUUGUGUCGACUUCGGCUCGCCCGAAUCGACAGUUACUCAAAGGUUUCCGCGUAUUCACCCUCUUGCCCUCUCUUCCAUUCGCCUACAUCGUGCUGGAAGUGUCAACGGAGAGUAUAUUAGCAUGCUUCGCGCAAUUACUCACGACUGUCCUAGCAUCAAGUUGCAGACUCUGCACCUGGACUUGUGCGACACUUGGUCUGCUCGUUGGGAACCCUUGACGUCAUGUUUGACUCAACUUGGGCCUACCCUCUUGAGUCUGAAACUCAUCUUCCCCCGUGCGAUUCGUCCUCAAAAUGAUGCUGGGGCAUUCACGGCGAACGUUAAAAGACAUGUAGAUCUUGGGGUAUUUACCAACCUUAGAGCGCUUCAUAUCUACAGUCUUCAAUAUCGAUCCGCGACUCUCCACUUGCUAUCGCACCUCUCAUCACCUCAUAUACGUGAAAUAAAGCUCGAUGCAAGCUUUGAAUAUAUUCGUCAAAUCAAGGCGAAGGACUUCAUGGAUCACGAUACCAUACUUGCGAAGCCACACUUCUCAAAUCUAACAGAAGUACGUGUAAGAUAUAGUGGACCGCUGACACCGAAAAGGGUUGAGCGGAAGAUUGUAUCGGUAUUCCCCAAGACCAGUGCAAAAGGUACAUUGCGCGUAGUUAAGGUGCGCGCUGGCAAUUGGGAUAUUUGCGAAGAAACGUCUUAGGCUCACACUAGAACCCCGCGAUGAGGCUCCAUCGGAUUGAUUUCUCGUCGCAGAUUAUUGUAGUUUUAUAUCAUUCGCUGAACGGUUUCGCGCAUUCCUCAUUUGCUGGAACGUUGGUUUAUUGAUUUCUACAGAUGUAUGCGUAAUGGCGGGUUUUGCGUUGCAAGGUCUUUGCUCGCCAUUCGAACAUUUCAGUACUGAUACAGUUAAAUUUGCACAACGUCCUUUACAAGC